UUUGAGUCGUCGGUGAGCAAGGCUCAGAACGCGUUGAUGUGACGGUCGUUGGUGGAAAAAUUACAGCUCAAGUGGAAGUUGCGCAUUUCUUUGUUAAUAUUUAUCAUAAUUGGAGUAGAAUUUCAUUAAUUUAUUUACUUAAGUUGUGCAAUUGGGUAAUGUGUGAGUGCUUGCACAGUUGCACCUGGUAUAUUCGUGGAAUUUUUCGCAAGAGUUCAACUUCAGUAAUACUUGCGCGUGCCUGGUUCGUUACGACUGCUCCCAAAGAGUCAUUGUGUUACGACUUGGGAACACGUUCAAAAGCCAGUAAAAUAAAUUGUUGUGUGGUUUUAAUGAAAGGGUCAAACCGGUUUAAUGCCACAAUGGACGCAAACAGCCGUGUGGGAGCAUGUUAGUAGCAGAGCAACAUAAGAUCAACAAACAUUUUAGAAUUGGAGUAUCGAGUGCAGGAGUGCAAUGAAAUUAUAUUUACGUGUAUAUAUACAUGAAUUGUGAAUUUGUGUUCUUAUGAAGCUGCUGUGGUGAAUACAUAAAUGUGCCUCAUUUAGGUUUAUCAAUUGAAUCAACGCAUUUUUUCGUCACUUAUAGUGUACGAGUGUGAUCACCAAAGACAUGGCCUCUAAUAAUUUAAAUACCAACUCAGCAAACCAACAACACCGUUCAGGCGAUGAAUUGGAUUUAGAGUUGCGUCAACAUGCCUCCACCAGUCAUUCUUACCCGUCGAAUUUCGUAAGCGCCUCCAAUCGUCACCUCUCUUCCGGAAGCUUGGCGGAAAAUAGCGCCUCCUCAGUGGGCACGCAACAGCAUCAAUACCAUUACAUACAGUAUCCGCCAUACUAUUAUCACAUAGGUGGGCAUGCGCACCCAUCGCAACAGCAACAACAACAGGCACCAUUUUUGCAUGUGCAACAACUAACUGGAACGCCGGAAGUCACCUGCCAUUGUCACUGCUCGUGUGGUGCCCAGCAGCAGCAACAACAAUUGUGGAACCAAAGACAAUAUCAACAGCAAAACAUUUCGGCUUCCACUGCUGCGAACAGCCAGCGGCAAAAUGAGGAGGACUCCAGUAAAAUUGUGGUGCAAGUGCAUUGUCAAUCAAAUGAUGACGCGGAUUGCGAACGCAACACGCAGCCACCACCCACCAAAGCGCAAUCGGAGCAAUCGUUGCUGAAUCACUCUUACCAAACGUUGCAAUUGCAAGCGGGUACGGAGGAGAAACCGUUGAACGUGCUGCAUAAUUCACAGUUAAAUAUCAGCUGUGAUUGUGAUUUGGAGUGCACUUGUGGUGCGGAAAGGCUGCGGGGCACCGCCGUCGAAGCUGCCGCUAUGCACACCAAAACGGCUGCAAGCGAUGACAAUUUGGACACAGAUGUUUUGAAUAAUCCAUCGCCGUUGAAAAACCAAAAACAAUGCCAGCUGGAAGCCAUGCUAGGUGCUGAUGAGAUUACAGUCAGUGAAUCGGACAACAAUAGUACGAUGAUUAAGAAGAAGAAGAAAACGGGUGGUGCUUGCAAGCACACCAACAACGAGAUGAACUCUUGGUGCCAUAUGCAAGACCAGAAUUUAGCACUGGCGGCUGAUAAGAGCUGUGAUUGCCAUUACAAUUCUAGCCAUAUAGAAAUUUACAGCGAUGGCGACAGCAAAGGUGGUCACGACUCUAUGGAUGAUCAACGACCACCUCUGCCUCCACGCCCUCCACCGCCUCCUCGAUUGCGUAAUGCAACAACAACAGGAAAUGGUUCUCAUCGUCAUGGUCCGGGUAUUAAGAAAUACGUUGUUUGGUGCCUCAUUUGCGGUGGCUUUUCGUGCCUGCUGGGCAUUUUAUUCCUGGGUGUUUACUUCCUAUUGCACUCAUACACUAUUACUGUUGGAAAUUUCGAAACGGUACCCACUUUUGUGCCAGCUACAAUGUUGAUCCUAACUGGAAUCUGCAUAAUGAGUUUGGCGCGUCGGCGAAAUCGUUACAGUUAUUUGAUUAAACUUUCCGGUGUUUGUGGCCUAAUAUCCGCCUUGACAUGCGCGCUUGUGACCGUCACAACAACCGUGCUGCACAUGAGCCGUUUGCAGGCUUUGCGGGAGUGCGAAUAUGCGCAAAAGACACGAACUUGUACUUGUUAUUCGGAUAUGAUCGAGUCGCAAGUAGACCGUGUGGACAAAGAAGGUGUUCGCCUCGUGUUUGAUUCGUUAUCCGAUUGUGGGGUCGUACACGGAUCGCUCUAUUCCUGUCUACGCGCUAUAUUUGGACUUUCUGUGGCAGGUGUAUUAGUCGCCGUAUUUAGCUGUAUGCUCGUUUAUCAACUGCUCAGUCAUGAGCGCAAAAAGAUGUAUUGGGAGCAGUUAGAGUUGCGUUGUCGUUCAUUGUAUACCAGCCAACAAGGUCCGCCACCAAAUAUGGCGGGGAUGGGUGGUGGUCGUGGCCCUGUUUGUCGCUGUUGUGAACAAUGUCAUCUGCAUCGUCAAGUGCCGAUACCUGCAACGUCAUAUCCUUGGGAUGACAAUGGUGAACCACGUUUCUGGACAGGACAACCGCCUGGCAACUUUUACUCACCAAAUCCGGGUAGCGAUGAUCUGCAUAUGGGGAACGUAGGAACGACGUGUCGUGGUCAUGGCGGUGCUUCGGGCGCACGUAGCCGUAUGACUGGUUGGAGUUGGCCACGUAUGCCUUGGCAAAGAAAUUCUCCCGUGCCUAAUACAAGACAAUUUCGCCAAACACCAUCAAGCCCGGAUUCACAAUAUGGUUUCACAAAUAAUGCACCCGCGUCCGCGGAGAAUAUGAUGACUGAAUCAGAUGCUGCUACAGGCGUGGUACAUAACUCAACUGCGCCUGCCUUUAAUGUUGUAGGUGGUGCACUGCCUUAUGGGGUUUGGGGGCCACCACCUCCAUACAGUGAUCCCAAUAGUCCCGCACGUCGUGGCUACUAUCAAUAUAUACAACCUAAUCCUUGUGCCAAUAAUAUAGCAAUCGCCAACAAUAUUAACCACAGUAAUAGCAAUAUGUCCGCUGAAAACAACGUUGGUGAGCCGACUGAACAACGUAUGCCUUGUCUAAACCAUCGUUCAGUUUUUUUGGAACAACAACCGCUUCAACAUAAUAAUGGAAACAAUUGCUGCCCGAGCGCCAGUAUGCGUCGUAAUUUGGCAAAACGUCGCACGACCGGAGGGGCAGGUGGCGGUAGUGGCAGCGGCGGUGAAGAUGCCAUGAAGUCGAAGACUGGUGCUGGCGAUUACGAGAAUACUCCCUCAGAAAGUGAUGGUUGCAAUAUGCGAGAUCGCUUUUCUAAUACUUUGCCCACACGAAAAGUGAAGAAACGGAACGACAACAAUACAAAGGUCAACAUGAUUGGUAAUGUAAAUCCGCAGCCAGCGCCACGACUUUCCAUGCAACAGGCCAUCUCCAGCAACGAUACAAGUUGCGCCAAUGAAGCGUCGGAGUCAACUCUUGACGGUAGUGACUGCAUAGAGGAAAUCAAUGCUACUUUGUGCAAUGAAGAGAUCAAUGUGGCUACGCCAGCUGGUCGCACAUCUACGCGCGUCAGCACUAGAACAACUCUGCGUCGUAAUUGUGGUAUUGAAAACAAUGGUUUCCAGUCGAAUAGUGACGUAGGCGCUGGAACCCAACCCAUUGCUGCAGGUGAAUCUGAUGCCCUUGUGAUAGCUGCUGAUAUGCAUGCUGCCGGUGAUCCAGCCGAGUCAGAAGUGUAUUUUGCGGAUGUUAGCAGUUGUUGUAAUAUGUCGCUGAAAAACGACAACUACUACGACGAGGCUCAUCAGACUACGCAUCACCAUCAACAUCAGAACAGCAAUUGUAGUCAAAAUAGUAGCAGUACUAAUGAGGAUUAUCUAGCGCAACGUUUCGGUCAGCGCGAAAAUUCAAUACGUAGUCGUCUUCCAUUUCCACAGACGCGUAACAACGACUACGAGGAAAAUUUGAAUACAAUCAAUACGAACGACAUUAGCGGCAAUGUGACACCAGUUAACCAAAUGCAAAAGGAAAUUUCACGCCAAAGCAUGUGUUCCGUUGAGUCCGAAGCUCAGACUGAAUGUACCGACUUAUCGCCAGCCACACCGUGUAGCAAUAAGUUUGGUCAAACUAAUUUUGAUGGUAAAAUAAAAUCGAUUAAUGAUGGCAGUGAAAAUGCUCUGUCGCAACGUACAACUACUGGCCCGCUUCCCAACUUCGUAGCUAAGUUUCCAUACUCUUCGGAAUCACAAAGUUUGGAAGCACAUCGGCGUUCUACAAAAGACAUACAUGAUCUGAUACUCUCUUCAGAGGCACACUACGAGGUGAUUAACGACAAUCCACAACCGACGCUGCCGUGUCAAUUCACCGCACAACAACAAAAUACACGCAUCAACAAACCACAACCACAGCGUCCAACAAAUCUCUCGGCUGGCAAAACAAAAACGAAACAUGGCAUCAAAACACGUGAACGCAUAGAAGGGAAUGUGCUGCCGAACGAGCGAGACUGGAGUAAGGGACCAGGCUUAGGUGGCGGUGGAUGCGGCAAUAACGAACGGAAAUGCUUGUGAGAAGAAGUUUUCGUAUAGAACUGUGUUUUGGACGAGUGUAUGAAAUACUGAAUCUGAAAGCUGGAAAAGUUAGCACGAAUUUGUGAAAGCAAAAGGUGCAAGCCAUGUAAAUUCAAUAUUAUCGUAUUUUAAUAUGAAUCUAAAAUUCAUUGCAUUUCGUUUCACUCUUUUUUCGGUAAAGUUCCGUUAGCACAAAACUCGAGUUUAUGUUACCAAUAUGUGUUUUAAACUGGUGUAUACGGUUUCCGAACAACGAAUAACAAAAUCGAAAAUUUCAACAAACUUCAAUAAGUGGAUUUUAAAAGUACAUAAAAAUUUUCUCAUUCCACAAUGUAAAAAGUGAUUUAGUGAUUUGAUAUUAUGGAAAGUAUAGUUACAUAUAACGAACUUUAAAUAUUUUAAUAAAAUACUAGCACAUCCAGGCAAAGCAUCAAUUUUGUAUAAGUCUCCCGUUCGUUAUUGGCGUCCAACUCAUGAUCACAUCAGCCGUCCAUCAGCUCCCAACGUUUCAGUGCUAAACUUGCCAUAUGAUGAAGUUAAUUGUUUAAAGGUCUCAAAUGCUCAUAUCUAACAUUGUUUAUAUGUGUAGAAUACAUACAUACAUAUAUACAAUAUACUAUACAAAAUAAUUAUAUAAUAGCUACAAAACAUAUUCAAUUAAUUUUAUUUCUGAUUUUCGAAACAUCUAUACUCGCAUACACACACAUACAUAUAUUUAAAGCUAACUCACUAUAUAUUAUACAAUACUUGUACAUAACUGUCUGCAUAAGUUCUUAUAUAAAUUAGUAAAACCACAUAUACAGUAAUACAUACAUUUUUAAUUUAUCACAUAAACAAAUUACGCAAUCCACUAGAUUUAUGUUUAUUUUUAUGAUUUUUCUAUCGAAUCUCUCCGUUGUCUACAUACAUACAUAUAUUAAAUUAAUAAAACUUACAGAACUGAUUUUACACAUACUAAGUAUA